AUGUCCUCGACACCGAUCAUCAUGAAAAAUCAAAGGCAUAUUCCUUUCUUAACACGGUGUUACAUCACUUUCACUCUUUCACCGUCUACAUUUUAUACCUUUGUAACAAUAAUCAUAGCAACCGAUCAUGGCUGUGAUUGUUAUUCUUCAAGCCGACUGAACUUCAACAACGAGGAACCCGUGAGUGACUACGACGCGCUGUUUUCGCGGCUCGGUUCAAUGGCAAAGCGUUUUGUAGUUGGUAAUGAGUACAUAGGAGAGUAUAAAAUUCUUGUUUUCUCUGUUGUCGAAAUUAUGUAUUAUGAAGCGAGCAUCUACUUUUCUUCCAGGUAUGAAAUGUUGUACGGAACCACUCCAUUUUACUCUGGACACCUGAUUGAUAAAUACGUAAAGGUUCUGAGUCCUCAGUUCCUUGUUCGUCAGGAUAUGCUAGAUUUCCACGAUGAGUAUGUUGACGCGAAAAUAGCUGAGGAGGCGAAGGAUUUGAUGCGAAGGUUGAUUUGUCCUAGAGAGUUAUGGCGUUUGGAGUUUGUUUGGCAUAAAUGUAUGCUCAAUGCGAAAGCCGAUUUUAGAAACAAGUUAGUUUUUCCAGUCGCUUUCCGUCGAGCUUCGUGCGUAUGGGCUCAAAAGCUGCCAUUAGACGAUAGCGCAGCUUUGGAGAAACUGCGUGAAAAGACAGCGCUGCCACUGCUGAAGAUCCGGCUAUCGGGGAGUGGAGAAGAAUGUUCAUGA